AAUCUCACCAUCAUCCUCGGACAGACAGAUUUCACCAUGGUUCAAUCUGAUUUGCUGCAGUAUCUCAAGGGGCAGAUUUUGGAAACACCGCCUCUACCAGCGGUAGAUCUCAGAGGUCAAAAUAUUGCCAUCACUGGUGCGAAUUCUGGUCUUGGGUUUGAGGCUGCGAAACACAUAUAUAAAUUGAAUGUCUCUCACCUCAUUCUCGCAUGUCGGAGCCUUGAAAAGGGGGAAACUGCGCGGCAAAAAAUCAUGGCAUCGAGUCGACUUGAUUCGCCAGGCAAAGUGGAUGUUUGGCAACUCGACAUGUCCGACUAUAGCUCAGUGCUUGCUUUCGGGAAUCGCAUAAACGGCCUUACGACGCUCGACACUUUCAUUACCAAUGCUAGAAUCGAUACGGCCGAAUUUGUGAAAGUUGAAGGGCACGAAUCCACUCUUAUAGUCAAUGUAAUCUCGACCCUUUUAAUCGCCAUGUUGGUGAUUCCCAAGCUUCGCGAGAGCUCCAAGGUUCAGAAGAAGCCUUCACAUCUUGUCUUCACCGGCUCUGUGGUCCACAUUUAUGCCAAGCACAAAGCUCUGUGUGAGCCCAAGACAGGACAGAUUUUUAAGACCUUGGAUGAUGAAAAUACCGCAAAUAUGGCCGACCGAUAUAAUUUGAGCAAGCUUGUGCUGCUGCUGGGAUUUCGAAAAUUGGCAGAAGAAGUAAAUCGCUCGGAGCCGGGACAGACCUCUGUCAUUCUCAACUUCGUUCAUCCAGGAUGGUGCAAGACCGAGCUAUUCAAAACAAAUGACGGUGGCGUGAGCGGCCGGUUUGCUCUCCGCUUGAUGGGUAGAACUUCUGAAGAGGGUGGUCGAACAUUGGUGCAUGGAGCUGUGGCUGACGAGAAAUGUCAUGGGAAAUAUCUGGCCGAAUGUCGUGUCAAGCAAGAAUCUAGCUGGGCGAGAAGUGAUGAAGGGCAUCAGGACCAGGAACGGUUAUGA